UGCGAAUGCUGGCAGCGAUUGAUUCUCAAGAAGUGUCAUUCUCACUGCCACGAGUCACGCAUGUGUAUUAUAGACAAUGGCUGGUUUACAAAAGAACAAAACAUCCAUUCAGUAUGGACAGGGUCCCUCCAAAUGCACCUGUGCGUCAGUGAGUCAGCGAAUGGCGACGGGGAAUGGACACACGCGCUCACUUGAAAAACAACCGAGGCGGCCACGUCCAUUCACCCAUCCGUCCACCCCAUGAGCCCGUCUACAAAAAACUACUGUUCUUGCUCUAUACACAUUCAGAUCAGCCCCAGGCACCCACACUGCACUUAGCAGCCGGGCAGGAACCAGAGGAGGCUGCAGAAGAAGCCCGCCGGCCCACCAUCGCCCAUCCCGGGAGGCGAAGGGAACGGCGGGGCGAAGCCAUCGGCACCAAAGCCACCACCAUAGUCGCCUGCAGCUGAUGGCCCACCGUAUGAUGGCGAAGCGUACGAUGGCGCACCACUGUAGGGCUCGUCGGCAGUGAGGUCCCCUCCUCCCACUGUCUGAUGGCCGCCUGUCCACGCACUCCGGUCCUGGCUGUAGGAGGGGUAGGGGUUGGUGUUGGGUGCAGUGUCGUAGCCAUAGCCAUUGCUGGGGUAGACCACCUCGCCUGUGUCGCGGUUGAUUGGCCGCCUUCGCCGCCUGGGGGGGAGGCCGAAGCCCUCGGGGGCUGCUGUCACCUCAGCCGCCGACGACUCCUCGGCUGACGACGACUCCUCCUCGGUGGACGACGUUUCCUCUUUGGUGCAGUCGUCCAUGGGGCCGCCUAGUUGAACGUAGCCAUCCCAGCACACACAGCUUCGCUCCAUCGUUGACUCGUCAUACUCACACCUGCAACAUCACAAACAGAAUGUGGGCACUGUGUGUGUGGUAUCAUGAUGUGGCGAGCCGGCGUGCUCUCACGUGCUGAAUUCGCCACACGGGUCAGGGGAGCAGGGGUCCUCGGCGUCCUCACUCGACGGCUCCUCCGCCUGCUCACUGUCCGGCGGAGGCAAGACGCCUGACACUUCAGAUGCGUCGCCUUCGCUGCUGCCUUCGGUUUCUUCCUCCUCUUGCUGCAGCCGCCGUUGGAUGAGCGAUAUCGAUGGCACUGCCGAGAUGGAUGGCAGGAUGAGGCCCAUGACGGCGAGCGCCAGGCAGAGGGUGGACGUGGAAAGACUCCUCAUGCCCACUCUGCUCACUCGGAGAUGCGAUAGACAAUACAGAUGAAGCCGCGGACGGUGAUGCGAUGACUCAGAGGAAGGAGUCAGAUGAGAUCGCUGCGAUUGAUGAGUGGGAUGAUGCGAUGGUACGUACGGACGUACGUUGAGCGACUCAGCUGGGAAAAAGGAUUCGGAUUGGGGGAAAAGGGGGGAAGGGGGGAAGAGAAUCCCUCAAACCCUACUUGAGAGAGCGUGAAUUUGCGUGUUCUCCCCGCCGUCUAUGGCCCUUGUCAUUCGCUUGGGUCUUGUCUAUCGUGUCACAAUUCGUGUCUGUCUGUCUGUCUGUCUGUCACGGUAGUCAGUCAGUUUCAAAUGUGGUCACACAGACCGCCUCAACUCAUGGUUUGUCCAUGCCUCUGACGCAUCGGAACUGUAAGAAUAGGUGGGAGAGAGUCGGGGAGAAUGGUGAAGAGAGGAUCUGCCGGGCGGUCAGUCCCGGAUAAAGGAUUAAGUCAAUGCAACGUAAGGUCUG